AUGAACCGUAAUUCUGGAGCCAACACCCAGGCCACAGUUGAUGUGCAGCCAAGGCUACAGUUUGAUGUGCAGCUCAGGCCACAGUUUGAUGUGCAGCUCAGGCCACAGUUUGAUGUGCAGCCCAGGCCACAGUUUGAUGUACAGCCCAGCCCACAGUUUGAUGUGCAGCCCAGCCCACAGUUUGAUGUGCAGCCCAUCCCACAGUUUGAUGUGCAGCCCAGGCCACAGUUUGAUGUGCAGCCAAGGCCACAGUUUGAUGUGCAGCCCAGGCCACAGUUUGAUGUGCAGCCCAGGCCACAGUUUGAUGUGCAGCCCAGAUCACAGUUUGAUGUGCAGCCCAGGCCACAGUUUGAUGUGCAGCUCAGGCCACAGUUUGAUGUGCAGCCCAGGUCACAGUUUGAUGUGCAGCCCAGAUCACAGUUUGAUGUGCAGCCCAGGCCACAGUUUGAUGUGCAGCCCAGGUCACAGUUUGAUGUGCAGCCCAGAUCACAGUUUGAUGUGCAGCUCAGGCCACAGUUUGAUGUGCAGCCCAGGUCACAGUUUGAUGUGCAGCCCAGGCCACAGUUUGAUGUGCAGCUCAGGCCACAGUUUGAUGUGCAGCCCAGGUCACAGUUUGAUGUGCAGCCCAGAUCACAGUUUGAUGUGCAGCCCAGAUCACAGUUUGAUGUGCAGCCCAGGCCACAGUUUGAUCUGUAG